GGACACCGGCAUGCAAACAUCACGACAAAAUAAAGAUAAUGAAAUACCGGUAACAAUCAUUUCGCUGAAUAAAUUGGACUCUGAAGGAAACAGAAUGCCCCCUGUUAACUCGAUAAAGGAUGUCAAAAUAGCAACAACAUUAUUGACAACAGAUCCGGACCAAAUGGAUAAAGAUGAUGAUCUGGUGGCUGGAGGAAGAGAGUUCUUCAUCGACAGAUUAUUUGAUAAAGGCAAGGACUUUGUUUUAAAGCACAAAAAGAGAUUUAAACAGAUCGUUUACAGCGUGCUACUACUUCUGUACAUAGCGUAUGUUGUCUACUCCCUCAGUUUCCGGUUUGGAGAUGAAGGGGCUUGGAGACUACUGAUUUGUACCAUGUUAUUAGUGGUGUAUCUCGGCUGGGUGAUCAUCAAAACCUUAUCCGGGUACCAGUCAUUUAAAAAAUCUCUUGGAUCGAAGAAUCCCGAAUCUAUUACGAAGGCAAAGAAAGUAAUACGAUGGGCGUUGUAUUUCGUGGUGUUGACGCUCAUCGGAGUCUACAUAGGACUGACAGUUGUACAGACGAGACCUCGAAACCUCAUCUCCCUCGGCGGAAUCUUCGUCUUUAUCCUCAUCCUCUUCCUCAUGUCAAAUAACAAGACGAAUAUAAAAUGGCACACAGUGUUUUGGGGGUUGUCCCUCCAGUUCGGCUUUGCUCUGGUCAUCCUCCGGACAGAAUGGGGUAUCGGCGCUGUGCGCUGGGUAACCGACAGGUUUAUGGAAUUCAUAGCUUUCUCCGACAAUGGCUCAGCGUUUCUUUUCAGUGAAAAGUACAAGGAAUUUGAUAUCAUAUUCAAGGCUGUUCCUUCGGUUAUCGUGUUUUGUGCCGCCAUUGCUGUUUUAUCCUACCUUGGCGUUUUGGCCUUCAUCAUUAAAAAAUUUGGUGGUUUCCUUGGUUACUGUCUCCAAACUAAUCCUGUCGAGUCCAUCAAUGCUGUAACCAACAUAUUCAUGAGUGGUAUCGAGUCCCUGAUGAUCAUCAACGAAUAUAUAGACUCGCUCACUACAUCCCAGAUCUUCUGUAUCUACACGAAUGGAGUGUCCUCGAUAGCUGGAUCUACACUCAUCGUUUUUGCUAAUUUCGGGGUUCCUGUCGAGUACCUCCUGACGGCCUCAGUGAUGUCUGCCCCAGCUGCCCUGGUGGCAGCGAAAACGGCGUAUCCAUCAGAAGAGAGCAACUCAGCUGGUGACAGAAAAUGUAGCAUUGUGAAUCGAGGAGGCCCAGACAGUUUAAUACAAGCCCUGUCGAAAGGAGGCAUGCAGGGUCUACAACUUAUGGUGAACGUCCUCAUCAACCUCCUCAUUUACAUAUCCCUCUUCGCUUUCGUCAAUGCGGCUAUCACGUGGUUUGGAGAUAGAGCGGGAAUUGAGGAGCUCACACUCCAGAAAAUAUUUUCCUAUAUACUUUGGCCACUGGCAUUUAUCAUGGGAAUCGAUGCUAUAGAUUGUCUGAAAGUUGCUGAAAUGUUGGGAGUGCGCAUGUUUGCUACCUUAGCCCUCAGCUACAUACAGAUGGGAUCAUACUUCAAUAACAAAGACCAAUAUAACAAAUACACGGCAUUAUACAACAACACAGUGCUGACCUCUAGCGGUGAUAUCUUCCUCCCGAACUGGAACGAAACAUUGAAGAAUGGAAUUCUAACGGACCGCUCAGAACUAAUAAGUACUUAUGCUAUGUGUGGGUUUGCCAGCUUGCCAUCAGUUGGGAUUUCCCUUGGAUCAUUUGCAGCCCUAGCUCCAACCCGAUUUAAUGAAUUAUCGAAGAUGGCCUUAAAAGGAGUGAUAGCUGGAACCAUAGCGAGUUAUAUUACCGCUUGUGUCGCAGGAUUACUGUUUUCCUGAUGAGUAUUACAGCUGGUAAAACAAGAUUGUGUGUAAUCUGAAAUAAGAAACCAACGGCGCUCACGCUCUCUAUCAAUCAACCAUUACUUUUCUACAGUAAACACGCAUGGAACAGUUGCUAUUCCUUUCGUACUACAAUGCAUAUUAUUAUUAUUUCUUUCUUUCUUAAGAGUGACAUACUAGAUUUGACAAAUAAAGUACCGAACUAGGGAAACUAGAGGAAGGGAUCGACGUGGAGUAUUGGCAGCACACAGGUGCCAUUUAAUAUGAAAGAUGUAUCCUUGACAUUGAUAUACUAAACGCACAAUGAUAUCAUAUAUCUAAGUACAUAUUGGUAUACUUUAUAUGAUCACAUAGCAACCAAGUCUGCCUGGAGGUAAAAGGAGACAUAAAAGCACAUUAUUGUUUUAGCAACCAGUCUUGGUCUUUCCUAACCGCCGGUGGAGCAUACAACCGCAGCUGCCAUUUUGACGUUUACAAUGUAUUAUUAAAUUUCAGGCCUUCACGUACCCAAUGGGUUUCCUUGGACGUGACCUUAAGUUGAUCUUUGAGUAGUGCAAGAAGACGUUCUAGGUACAUAUCUAGCCCAAACAAAGACACGGCGGAGAACAAAAGUAUAUUUAUGGAGUACCGUACCGUUAGUGACGUCUGUUUGAAGAUGUUAUAAAUCUUGACAGAUCUGCAGAUGUUAGUGUAGGCCUCAGAAGUCUUAAUAUUUAUCUUACUUGAUAAGCAAUCGCGAAGAACUAUGCAACCGAUAAAUGAAAAAAAAAAAACGACCAUGUCCAUGCUUGGACGACUAUCUUUGUGCUUAUUCCUACUGUGUGGUGGUGACAGUUUGAUCCGAGUUUGGUGUUCUGGGUGGAUGUUCUUGGUAUUUGGGUGAAAUCUUCACCCCAAGAACCAUGCUCUCAUGUCAACAAAAUCUCGCCCAAGGACGCCACUGUUACAGCUAAAUCGGCUGGAAUACAAUGGUGUCAAGGAUACGUGUCGACACAGUGCACGUGCCGGGACUCGAGCUAGCGAGCCUUUGGUCACGUAGUCAUGCGUCCUACGACGAAACCACCGUGACUCCUAUUGAUCUGGUUUGUUUUGUUUAACGUCCCAUUAACAUCCAGUGUCAUUUAAGGACGUGCCAGGGUUUGAAGGGGGAGGAAAACCGGAGUACCCAGAGAAAAACCACCGGCCUACAGUCGGUACCUGGCAACUGCCCCACGUAGGAUUAGAACUCGCGACCAAGAGGCGGAGGGCUAGUGAUAGUGUCGUGACACAUUAUCCACUCGGCCAUCGUGUCUCCUAUUGUCUCUCGCUGUGACAGAGCACCAGCUAACACGGGACUACGUUGUUCCCCUGUAGAUAUUACGGUUGCCCAUAGUGCAUUAACCGACAAUAACAGCAGUUCACUUAGGUGCAGUGUGUACUUAAAAGAUUUAUACAAUACAUCACGCGUCAAAUUAACAUGAACUAUGUACCGUUGUUUAAUGCUACGAAAGAUAACAUGUAUACAAAACGCAGUUAUAUAUUCUGCCUCAUUAUUCAGAGCACGUAUUUCAUUUAACGUCAAAUAGCACAAGUAGAAAGAUACAAAUCCCGAUACAUGUCCUAUAUUACAACUCCUCCUAUUUCAUGGGAUACUAUGCUUUGGAUACACAUGGUAAACACUAUAUCAAACAAUAUAUUAACUUAUUGUGUUGCAUGUAUCCAACGCAAUAAUGAAUUCAAUGCCAUAGCAUAUAGCGAACAUAUUAUCUAGUAUUGUAAAUAAUGUACAAUGUAUCGGAAUAACUGUAUAGUAUUUUCCAUACAAUAUAUCAGCUUGAUAGUAUAGUGAUAAUAAAAACAUUUUUCGGCUCAACAGUAUUUAUUUUUAAACCACAGUCUUCAAUAUCACAGCUCAGUAGUAAAGUAUUUCAAAUUAAACAAUCUUUCAGUGCAACAGGGUAGCAUUUAUUAAUGGCCAUAUACCUAUUUCAUUUGAGGUAUUAAACAAUACUAGAUCCCUGACAUGUCAUAGAGGGUCACGCAAUAUGUCCGUAUCGAAAAGUGAGCUCAACCCGAGUGUGACAUUAAUACUGAUUUACUCCUUAUAUGGUCUUAAAAUUGCAAGAUACACAUCAUUUUUAUAUUAAGAAACUAAUGUCACCUUUAUCGAUUGAGGAGUUCAUGAGGUUAUUUGUGGAGGGAAAAAAAGUGGGAAAUCGUGACCUUUGACCCUGUAGCUUUGAACGAUGACCAUCCAUUAAAUAAAAUAAAUCUUAGCCCAUUCAAAGUCUGUGAUCUUUGGCAGGAUAUUUCCGGUUCUACUUUUAAUAAAAACAACAUUGACCUUGGGAUAAGGUACUUUUGAAGCCUUUGGGCAUAUCCGCACAGAAAAAAUAACUUUCCGGGUUCAAAGACAAUCUUCGGAAACGAAAGUGCUUUAUUGUGACAGUAUAGCUUCGUUACUAUUUAGUACCAAAGACAUUGAUAUUCGAAACUUUAUGUAUACCUUUCUCAGCAUAUCCUCAUCUGGUAUUUCAGAAAGGUUGGCACUCUGUAAGGAUAUUUCCUGAUUCGAUUCUAAGUAACAGCAACCUUGACCUUGACAUUAGAAGUUUCAAACUCACAUCUUUGCAUCAUAGAGUAUCACCAUGUGAAGUUUCGGAAAGUUAAACAAAGCUCAACCUAUAGGUAAUCAGACGAAAGGUUACUGUGUUCACCGUAGGACCCGCAAUCAUAAUUAACAAAUACAAAAUGUAAAUGAGACAGGCUGUCUAUACGAUGUUUCAAGAUUUAAUUAGUUCAACUUCAUUUGUGUUAAUAAACUUAUUCAAUACAUUAUACAUAUAAUCAAUGCUCGUAGGAUUUCCGACGACAGUUUCAAAAAAGGUUGAUUAAAGAUUUGAAUUUUACCUUA